CCCUAAUAACACAUCAACAUAUAUUGCCGCGGUUUGCACAACGUCACAUUCCCUCUCGCCCCCGACCAGCAACCUCUCGUUCCAUUCACCUCCACAAUUCCAAGCGAUGGGUGAAACUCCAGUCCCAGAGUCAGUCUUGAAGAAGCAAAAGAGGAGUGAGGAAUGGGCUCUUGCAAAGAAGCAAGAACUUGAAGCUGCAAAGAAGAAGAAUGCUGACAACCGGAAACUAAUCUACAACAGGGCAAAACAGUACUCAAAGGAGUAUGAGCAGCAGGAGAAGGAGUUAAUUCGUUUGAAACGUGAGGCUAGAUUGAAGGGCGGUUUCUAUGUGGAUCCUGAGGCAAAGUUGUUGUUUAUCAUUAGGAUUCGUGGGAUUAACGCUAUGCCCCCACAGACCAAAAAAAUCUUGCAGCUCCUACGGCUGCGACAGAUCUUUAACGGGGUCUUUUUGAAAGUUAACAAAGCCACGGUGAACAUGCUGCAUAGGGUUGAACCUUAUGUUACCUACGGUUAUCCAAACCUAAAAAGUGUAAGGGAAUUGAUCUACAAGAGAGGCUAUGGGAAACUUGACAAGCAGAGAAUUGCUUUAACAGACAAUUCUAUCAUUGAUCAGGCAUUGGGCAAGCAUGGAAUUAUCUGCGCAGAAGACCUUGUCCAUGAGAUCAUGACUGUAGGACCCCACUUUAAGGAGGCCAACAACUUCCUGUGGCCAUUCCAGCUGAAGGCACCUUUGGGUGGACUCAAGAAGAAGAGGAAUCACUAUGUUGAAGGUGGUGAUGCCGGCAACCGUGAGAACUACAUUAAUGAACUUAUCAGGAGGAUGAACUAAAGUGCCUGAAAUUUUGCUUUUUAGGCAUUUUAUCUGUUCUUUUUGGACUUCUGGAGAUUGAAGUAAACUACAGUUUCAGAUUUUCUUGGUCAUUUGACAUGCCAUUCCGAAUUAUGAUAGUAUAUGACAUUAGUUUUGUUUUGAUCCAGCAAUCUCAUUUUAUUGUGUUAAAUCUUGAUAUUAUUUUCAUUUUGGUUUCGACACUAA